UUCUGCCAGUUUUUUUGUUUUGUUUUUAAUCUUAAGGCUUGUUUUGAAUGUUAUACAUUUUGUAAUAAUGCCACCAUCGAAGAGAUCAGGUCCGUUGCAAACUGUACAAAGAAGCACAGACGACCUUAAAAAGCAGGUUGGCAGUUUGCUCAAAGAUAUUCAGCAUCCAGAUGCUGCUCAGCCUGCUAAAAGAACUGAAGCUUUUCAAAGGAGUAUUCAAUUACAGAAAUCUGUUAAAGAAACUUUGACUACUUUACAUAAGUUAAAGAAAGCUGAUGAGCCUGCACCGGUGGGCAAUUAUGAUCAAAGAAAACAAGAUGAAGAAAAGAGAUUGCUAAAAAUGCUCCAACAGCUGCAAACUGUGGCAGAGCUGUUGAAUGCAGAUAAAGUAUAUCAUCACAAAGAUGCUGAAGAACCAGGCACUUCUCAACUAAAAGAAGAUGAGGAGGAGGAGGAGGAAGAAGAUGAUGAUGAUGAUGAUGAGGAGGAGGAGGAGGAGGAGGAAGAAGAAGAAGAUGGGGAAGAUUCUGUUGAAGAACAACCUACUAUAAAUCAAUAUAUUUCCAUCAGUGACUUUGUUGCCCAGCAAGAUGGAGAUCUAACUAUUAAGAAAGGUGAAGUCCUGACAAUUCUUAAUAAAAAACCAGAUGGCUGGUGGGUAGCGCAAGACUCCAGAGGAAACCAGGGUGAGGUUCCAAAAACAUAUCUGGAGAAGAAGAAGGAGGAGGAGGAGGAGGAGGAGGAGGAGGAGGAGGAGGAGGAGGAGGAAGUGUACUGUAUUGAUCCUGAUAUUCUGAAUACAACCCUUUACAGUUCAGUUAACUUGCAACAUUUCUUGUAAAAUCAGAUUAAUGCAACUGAUGUACUGUCUACCAUGGGAACAAUCCCAACUGGAUUUAGACCAUCUACAUUGUCACAGCUCCUAGAAGAAGGAAAAAGAUUUAAGUCAAGUUACUACAUUCAGCCUGAGUUAAGUCAUUCACAGUUGGCUUUUAAAGACCUGCUUUGGGACCCUGAACAAGGAAGUGUACGUGCCAGGUUGGCCCGGGUAUCAUUGAAUUUGACACUAUGGAGCUGUAGAAUGAUCCCCCUGCCUGGGGCAGGUAUUUAUGUUCUCAGUAGACAUGUCCGACUUUGUGUUUUUGAUGGAACCAGAGUUUUGAGCAAUAUCCAUACAGUCAGAGCCACAACCCAACUAAAGAACCCUAAAACCUGGACCUUUUCUCCAAGAGUAUCAGGUAUUCUUCCAAGCCUUCUGGAUGGAGAUUGUUUUAUAAAGUCCAGUUCCCAGUCUCCAGAACUAGGAGUUUUAUUUGAACUUGGGGUCACCUACAUUCGAAAUGCAACAGGGGAGCGUGGGGAGCUGAGCUGUGGUUGGGCUUUCCUGAAGCUUUUUGAUGCCAGCGGAGUUCCAGUUCCAUACAAAACAUAUGACCUUGUUGUAAAUGGGGGGACACCAUAUGAGAAAGGGGUUGAGGUUGACCCCUCUUUAACUAGAAGAGCAAGCAAUAGUAUUUUCCAGCAGAUGAUGACAUCAAGAAGACAUCCUAAACUCCUUGUCAAGCUGAAAUCUCCCAACACUAAAACAAGGACAACUUUGAACCUCCUCCCUGACACCUUGGUAGGCAGCACAUGCUGCAUUCACUUGCUGGCAUUUUAUAGACAGAUCCUUGCUGAUGCACUGUUGCGAGACCGGAUUAGUGUGCAGAAUGCUGAACUAAUCUGCAGCCCCGUGCUGGCAACUUUCCCACAAAUCAUGGAACAGGCAGACCUUAUGGAUGCUCUCAGGAGUGUGUGGUCAGAGAAGGAAAGCAGUUUAAAGAGAUCGGAAAAGAGAGACAGUGAGUUUCUGAAGUCCACGUUUAAGCAGAUUUACCAUGACAGUGUGUACUCCCUCCUUCACUACACUGCUCUGCCCCCUCUCAGAUGGGCAGAUGAAGAGGCCGAGGCUUCUCGAUGGAAGGUCAUUGCAGACUUUCUCAGGUUAAACAGAGAGAAAAACGGCUCUCUCUUUUCCCUGCUGUCUCCUGAAAUGGCACAUGAAGCAUUUGAUAUCUCAGAGAUAUCGUAUGAUUUUCUAGGAAUGGCAAGAGAGGCAGCUGCUACAGCAUAAUGUCUCAAUGUAAUUACAUUUGCUUUAAAAAAGUCUUAUUUUAAUGGCAGUUUUUUUAUUUUUACACUGUAUUUUCCUGUUUUCAUAGUUGUUUUUUUUUUAAUAAUUAAAAGUAAUAAAACAUCUGGUUAAAAUCCUGCGCACAUAGCCUUGUCCUUAAGUAAGCAUAACUGCACAGCUGCCUUUCAUUAUGUAAUCAGGCUGUGCUUGAGCUUCUCCACAGGCAGGCAGCUGAAGAGACCAACAAUAACCACCCACCCCCCCCCAUUAUUCCCACAGCAGACA